GCCGAAACUAAAGUGUGACUCAUACCUCAGAUCCUGAGUGGCUCAGCGGUACCACUGGGGUCACGAACGGCUGCUUGCCUGGAGCAGCAUUCCAUUGUUUGUUUUGCCAGUCGCAGUAAAACAUGGACUCCAAACAAGAAAGCUUUGAAUGUGACACACUCUCCGAAGUGCGAAUCAUCAUCGUUGGGAAAACGGGCAACGGGAAGAGCACCCUGGGUAACAUCCUGCUCGGCAAGAGUAGCUUCCCCGUCUGCUGCAGCAUGAGCUCCACGACCCUGGGCACCCAGAUGGAUGAAGGACAGUUCAAAGGGAAGCAACUAAAGGUAGUUGACACACCUGACAUCGCCAACCUGGGUCUGACGUCAGACGAAGCACAGCGCCAGGUCAGCGAGUGGAAACGACUGAUGACACCUGACCCCCACGCCAUCUUGUUGACCGUCAGAUGUGACGCGCCAUACACGCCGACCGAGUACGCCCUCUACCGACAGCUGCAAUGGCUGUGGGGCGGCAACUCGCUGUCCCAACGCCUGGUCGUGGCCUUCACCUUCGGCGAUCGCCUUGACCUACAGGUGGACACGGUGCUGAGGACGGUAAGCAAGGAGUUGCAGUCGGUCGUCAAAGACGCCAGCGGUCGCUAUGUUGUCUUCAACAGCAAAGCCACCGACGACGAGAAGGGUCAACAAGUGCAAAAUCUUUUGGACAUUCUGGAAAAGUUAGGUGAAGAAAUUAAAGACAUCGAAAGAGAAAAAAUUCUGGGAGUUCAGAUUUGUCCAUGUGGACCAGUUUGACCAUCCAGAAGUCACAGGGUUACGUGGCGGGACGUCAGGUGCUUGUGUCGGGCGCCAUUUUGUGACUGAGGCUGAUGACAUCCACUGCACUUCAAUGUUAUCAACAGCUUCAAAAGAUGGAACGAAAGACUGCACGGGUUCUCAUGAAAUAUUUUAAUGCUAAGGUUUCAAUUAAGGGAGAUACAAAAUAAAAUGAAAUUGUUAGAA